UAUGUCUAAUUAAUUUAGAAAAAAUUUCUAAAGGUCUCUCCACUAUCAUUGACAAUAGUUUCUCUAUAUUCCUCUCUUCUUCUCCUUCAGAGACCCAAAUUCCUAAAAAAAGAAAAAAAAAAUCGUAUGAAUCAUAUGUACUAGUAUGUAGACUAGUGAUAAUUAUCAUCGAUCAAGAAACCAUAAAGAGCCGAUCAAAUCCAUGGCUAGUCCUAGCAGCAAAGGGAAGGCCAUCGCAGAAGGAUCCACGUCUCAAUCGCAACCGCAGUCACCUCCUAACCCACCAGCGUUAAGCCGUUACGAGUCACAGAAAAAACGAGACUGGAACACGUUUUGUCAAUACCUUCGUAACCAGCAGCCACCGGUUCACAUCUCACAGUGCGGUUCAAACCACAUCCUAGAUUUCCUACAGUAUCUUGACCAGUUCGGAAAGACAAAAGUUCAUGUCCAUGGAUGUGUGUUUUUCGGACAAGUUGAGCCUGAGGGACAGUGUAACUGUCCUUUGAAGCAAGCGUGGGGGAGUUUAGAUGCUUUGAUCGGACGGCUGAGAGCGGCUUACGAGGAGAACGGAGGUUUGCCGGAGAGAAACCCUUUUGCCGGCGGUGGAAUUAGGGUUUUUCUUAGGGAAGUGAGAGAUUCACAGGCCAAGGCAAGAGGAGUUCCGUACAAGAAAAGGAAAAAGAAGAAGAGGAAUCCUAUGAAGAGUAGUCAUGAUGCUGGAGAUGGUACUACAGGGACUAGUAGCUCCAACUUGCCAUCUUAGCAAGCAAACAAAAAAAACAUAUAAUAAAACAAAUAUGGGAUUAAUUAAUGGUAAGCAUUUUAUUUUCUCUAUAUUUAAUCUCUAUAACUUUCAAUUAAUCACAACGUUUAUGAUCUUUUUGCAAUUCUACGUAUUUAUAUGUUAAAGAACUGGAUAGAGUUAACACUCUUUUUUGCGACUGUAGUUCUUACAAAUUCCAAACUAAGAUCAUC